AUGGCUAAUUUGUUCAAGGAUGAUGUUGAAGCCCCUUUAUGGUUCCAAAGCUUUUUUGCCCUGACUUGUCAUACUUGGGUUAGCAAGAACCUGAGCCACUCGUUUCCUUUCAGCAAAGUAAGGAACAGUCCAAUGAAGUGGGUAGACUGGAUUGACAGGCUCCUUCUAAAAUAUGGAGCUCACUGGAAGAGGGCUGGAAUUUAUGACACCAUUCUUCUGUCCAAAUAA